GUAACAGAGACACAGGGGGGGCUUUAUAAACAUCGGUUCUGCUCACUCGCUCUCUCUGCUCCACUCGUUCUCUCAGCCUUGGUCGUCAGAAGAAGCCAGCAGAAAACACCAACAUGCCCAGCAACAGGAAGAAGAACAAGCGCCGCUUGAAGAGGAUGCAGGCCCAAAGGAGAUUCCUCGAACAGCAACACCUGACCAACAUCCAAGCCAAGGCCAGCCCAGAGAUCGCAUUUAGUACCAUCGUGGUGCCUGUUGUGGAACAGAAGGAACCAAAACCAAUGGUGGCACCAGUAGAGACUGAGGCAGUGGCAGACAUCAGCAAAGAAACCCUGGUGGUCUCCGAAGAUGCACCAGUGGUAACUGAGGAAACCAUGGUGCUAACUGAAGAAGUGCCCGUCGUCACUGAAGUUAUCCCAGUUGUCGCAGAAGACAAGACGGUUGUUCCUGAAACACCAGUGGUCACUGAAGAAACACCAGUGGUCGUCGAAGAAACACAAGUCGUCACCGAAGAAACACCAGUGGUCGCCAAAGAAACACCAGUGGUCGCAGAAGAAACACCAGUGGUCGCCAAAGAAACACCAGUGGUCGCAGAAGAAACAAUCGUCGAAGAAACACCAGUGGUCUCGCCAAAGAAACACCAGUGGUCGCAGGAGAAACAUCAGUGGUCGCAGAAGAAACACCAAAAAGGGCUCCUUUUUUUCAGUUUUUAUUGCAUUGAAAAUAUUAGAACCAAUUUCUGUAGAAUGGUCUGGACCACUGUCAUGUUUUUGGAGGCCUAG